AUGGCCGGUCUUGGAAAAAGCUUCGUUGCCUCAAAACUAGUAAACCUUACCAAAUACUCACACAUGAUAUUAUUUGGCAUAAUAGUAGUUUCCAUUAAUAUCUAUUUUCUAAACUCAUAUUCAACGAUUGAAAAAACCAGAACAGUUAAUGAUGAGCAAAUAGCAAAACACAUUGGCCCAAGGAUUAGGCAUUUGGUUACGAACUCGUUUAACCGGAUAAAAAAGCCUGCAACGUUGGCAAAUCCACCGAAAGUUACAAGUCUCCUUUCCUCUGAGGCAAGGAAACUUCCGCUAGUAAACAGUUCAUGUACUAGAAGAGUUCAAGUAACGCAAGAUGGAGUAGUGGUCUUCAGGUCUAUUCUCAUUAAACCAAAGUUUGGACACGCCAGGGUUCUCGAGGCCCAUUUAGAAUUCCCUAGCGAAGAGGAUGAGUUUUUUGUCUUAGAUAAAGGUUUCUUCACACUUUAUUGCCGUGGGAAUAUUGUCGAGAUCGAAAGGCAGUUACUAUUUGCAGACAAGGACAACACAUUGAUGAAAUGGAAGGCGGCCAUGGACGUUGCAAGUCCUUCGCAAUAUUUGCAAAUUGGAGGGCGGCAAUCAUUUAAAGAUGGCCAUUACUUUGCGAUCCAAAGGGUUGAAUUUGCCAAUGUUUAUUGGACUAUCAUUGAUCUGUUGGAUAUUUUCAUCUCGUCUCAAAGUUUGGGUAUACAACCUGAAAAUUUGAACAUCAUUCUCAUCGAUGCUCAUCCAAAGUCCUCGCUGGACCCUUUCUGGACUGUGUUGUUCCAAAGGCUAAUAAAACUAAAUGAUAAACAUUUUUUUACAAACUCAAAUGGCGUUGUGUUCGAAAAUCUUAUUUGGAGAUAUUCACGCGAGAAGUGUCCUUUAUUAGACAUCAACCUAAAGUCUUCAAGACAUGUCCAACCAUUUAGGUCUUUUGUAUUAGGGCAGUUUGGAAUCUCAACGAGUAGACAUUUGCGAAAUUGUAGUCAGAAAAAGUUGAAUGUGUUAAUCAUCUUGAGGAGAGACUACAAGAGUCAUCCUCGGAAUUUGGCCGGAGUUAUAGACAGAAAAAUUGCCAAUGAGGCAGAAGUUUUACGAGAAAUUAAGACCAGCUUCAUUCAUGCAAACAUUACUGCUGCUCAGAUAGAUCUAUGGCCACUAAAAGCACAGUUGGAAACAAUUGCCAAUACAGACAUAUUAUUUGGAAUGCAUGGUGCGGCUCAUGCAUUCUCUAUUUUCAUGGAACCAGGCGGAGCAGUAGUAGAGAUGUUUAAUGAUGAUUUACAAUCAGCUAACUGGCACAUGAGGAAAAUAGCAACUCUUUCAGAUCAUUCCUACAUCAAUUGGGCAAACAGUAAUCGUAGAGCGGUAAAUAAAGUUACAAAGUCGACUAAAAUUCCCAAGGGGGUAUCAUCGAGUCUCCUAGAAAAGGCAGUUGAAAGCAUUUGCUCUGAAAGGUCCAAAUUCCCAACUUUAAGGUCGUGA